AUAAACAAGUAUAAUAUUGCGACGCAGUUUCAAAGUUUACAUUAAACUCAUCACUGCUUCUAAGCCAUUACCUUACCAAUGGCAUCUUCCACACUUUCCAUCCUCUCAUGCACUCCCCAAAGCAGAUUGCUAGCGAAACCGAACUCACUGCACACACCAUCCCCAACAACUGUGUCAUUGUUGUCACCCCAGGUUGGACAAAAAUACCCCUGCAGAAACCCUCUAAGGUACAAUAUUUCCUCUUCUCCAAUUCACAUGAAUAAACCAAAGAGAACUCAUGUUGGUGGCUUAGUGAAAGCAGCAAUGAAUAACAAGAACGUGGAGGUGUUUAACAAGGAGCAUCUUGCUGUGUCAUUGGCAAAAUAUAUUGCUGAUCUGUCAAAUAAGUUCAUCAGUGAAAGAGGAUGCUUCACUGUCGUUUUGUCUGGCGGGGCUGUCAAGUACCUCAGGAAGCUGGUGGAACCUCCAUAUUAUAACUCAAUUGAUUGGUCUAAGUGGCAUAUAUUUUGGGUGGAUGAGAGAGUGGUGCCAAAGACUCAUGUAGAUAGCAACUACAAGCUUGCUUAUGACGGAUUUAUCUCAAAGGUGCCAAUUCCUCCUCGCAACGUCAACACCAUCGAUGAUGCCUUACCAGCUGAUGGAGCAGCAGAUGUUUAUGAGACAAAUGUGAGACGCUUGGUCACAAGCAAUGUGGUAGCUAAAUCACAAUUCACUGAAUUACCAAAAUUUGAUCUUAUGCUGUUAGACAUGGGCCCUGAUGGCCAUGUAGCUUCUCUGUUUCCUGGGUUCCCUGAAGUGAAUGAGACCAAAAAGUGGGUUACUUACCUCAAGAAUGCACCAAAACCACCACCAGAGAGGAUAACAUUUACCUUGCCAGUGAUUAACUCUGCUUCAAACAUUGCAAUGGUGGUAACUGGUGCUGGUAAAGCUGAUGCAGUGUACUCUGCAUUGGAGAAAGGCCCUACUGAUUAUAAGCUCCCUGUUCAAUUGGUUUCACCUGAUGGGGAGUUGAAAUGGUUCUUAGACAAGGGUGCAGCUUCAAGGUUGUAUAGGUAGAUCCAAGUAAUUUGGUGAAUCUAUAUAUGCAAGAUGCUGCAGAGAAGAAAAUAAAGCAUUGAGAUGAACUGCUAGUGCUAGCUCUCAAUGUGUUUCACAUUACUGCUGUUUCCUAAAUGAUGUUAUACUAAUGUCUGGUUUACAAGACACUUUAAGAAGUAUAGAAUAAUGGGCUUUUUUUCUUAAUGUAAAUGGAUAUUGUUUAAAUAUCCAAAAGUGUUUUUCUUUUGUGGAAAUAAAGUGUGAUUGAAUAA